CUUCAAACAAAGAUAACAAUCACAACCAGUUACACUAAACAAAUUUAAUGCAUCCAUUUUUAUACAAAAAAUAGACAAAGUUAAUCUCUGAAAAUCAGAGGACUUUUUCAUCAUAAUUAGCAAGCUCAGUAAGUCUAUCGUAUGUAUUUUUAUCGAGCUUGAUACUUCUAUUUUCAUAGUAGAGUUUCAUGUAAUUUUCUCAAUUUUAAAUUCUCGCUCUCUCCUUAAAUUUUGCUAAAGGUAAAUGGGUAAUUGGCCAACAUGGAAGAAACUAAUUAUGUAACUAUUGUUGUAUCCUUGCAUUUUUCAAUUUAAAUUUGGUGUUUUUUUUUAUCUUUGUUCUUUUCUCUUUCUAACUUUCUCCGAAAUUUCAUCCAUCGUGCAAUAGUUUGCGCCUUUCACUUCCCAGUACAGGACUGUCAUUGAAAAUCAAUCUUCAGGUAUCUCUUGGCACUACGGUUUUAUUGUUGGGGAUUUUAAGUUGGGCGAGUAGAAGAUUUCAACUCCGAUAUCAAUUCAUGGCGAAUAGAAUGGAGUUCAUCAAUAACUGAAGUUGUAGAAGGAAGAUUAGAAAUUGAAUUUUUGGUUGAAUAUAUGCCUCUUGAGAUAGAAAUUUGGUUGUACAACAGAGAGUGGUGGCUAUUGGAUCUUUAGGUUUAUGAUUUUUGCAACUGUCAUAACUUAUUUCUAUCUUAAAACGAGGAAUCAUUGAUUGAUUGUUUGAAAUAGGUCGCUUCUUUAUUCAACCUACUGGAACUAAUAGAUAAGGAGUGUCUAAUUUUGCGCCUUAUUACUUUGAUCGAGUCUAUUCGUAUAUUGGAGAUAACCCUGAUUUUUUCGUUUGCUCUCAAGUUGUGAUGGUCCCCUUUUAGCUGAGUUUUUAGUAUAUAGAUGACUUGAAUCAACAACUCUCCAUUUUUUUUUUAUUAGUGACAUAUUGUUUCUAAAAGGAGAGCAUUGAACCCUUUAUAUAGGAUUGUGAGGUUUAAGAUUUAGUUUCAAACUAUCUAUGGGUUGUGUGAGAAUUUCAGUGAGCUUUUAUACUCUAUAUUUCUUGACUGUCAAAGAAAACUAACCAAUAGCAUUUUAACAGGGACUUAAUUAACAUUAUGAAAAUGGGGUCAAUGAUACAUUUUUAUAUUUUAUAUUCUUAAAUGCUUAUGAUAUUUCUCCGAAUGUUCAACCUAUAUAUUAUUUCUUUAUGUAUCAUCUUCGAUCGAAUGAUUAUCAAUAAGAUUAAACGGGUUAAUAGACUUAAAAGUAACAUAAAAAUACAAAUAAUCAAAUAUGAGCAUUCCGGCCAAAGGGCCGGGUUAUAAGCUAGUUUUAUAUAUACCUCAUUGUUCAGUUCUGAUUCUUAAUCGAUGAGUUUUCUCACGCAUGGGAGGUCAAAAUCCUACAUUCAUGCGGUUUAAGGGGUGAAUGAAAAUCAAGUUCAGAAGCUAGCAAUGGAAGUUAUUGUUGUUAGUUAGUUUCUUAAAGGGAAAAAAAAAGCUCCAAAUAAACAGCUACUGCUAUACCACAUCGCUGAGACUCAAAACUGGGAGAUAUGUUUGAAGUACAUAUAGAAAGACCAGGCCCGAUUCGUUGUCGCCAUAUCAUUUUUCACACUAGUAUCUCCUUCUCUCCACCCACAUUGUGGGCUGGGCUUGGUAGAUAUGUGGGCUGGGCUUGGUAAUAUCUAGUCUCCUGCUGAUCGCAUGGUGUAAUGGUGCUUUGCGAUGGGUAGGGUCUUGGAUAUAAUAUUAUUUUAACAAUUUGACUCCAUCAUGGAAAUCGACCACAUGGUCCAAUUGGGACAUAGUCUAUAGUUUUUCCUCUAUUAAUUCAGUAAUAAGAGAAGUAAUUCAGAAAACUAGCAUGGUAUCAGAGCUCCUCUGAGCCGAUUUUCGUCUCUCGUUCUCGCUUUCGCAUCUCUUUCUUUUCUCUUCGUGUUCUUGAUAUCGUCCUCCUGUGGCGAUUCACGAUUCUUCUUCUUCCGGCGACGAAGCCGCAAAUCCUCACACUGGAGGUCGUCAGAGCAAUUCUGGUGUGAUUCUGUACAAAGGCGUCCCAAUUUCUGAUCAAGCUUCAUCGUUCUUCAUUCAUCCAUCAGAGAAUUGGGGACAAUGUCUCGUACCUCAGCCGCUUACCGAGAACAAUUUCUCCAGCUGGGAACAAUCGAUGAUUCUUGUUAUCGAUGGCAAGAACAAAUUAGGGUUCUUGAAUGACAAAAUCCCGCAGCCAACUGAUGAUUCUCCUCUCUUCGAGUCUUGGAAUCGCAACAACAAACUGCUCCUUAGCUGGAUUCAGAGAUCUGUCAAUCCUACCAUCACCGAGAGCAUUCUGUAUGUCACCACCGCCAUUGGUGCUUGGUCUGAGCUACGCGAACAAUUCUCGCAAGGCGAUUCUUUCCGCAUUGCUGAUCUUCAAGAGGCCAUCUUCAACCUCAAGCAAGGUACUAUGAGUGUUUCUCAGUACUACUCUAAGCAACGAGCGUUAUGGUUGUCAUGCCACUUGCUGGCUUGUGUGUGCAAAUCAUGGUUGUCAUGCCGGUGGUAUACCACCCGGUUGAAUCUGGUUCAACCUGUGCCGGUGGUUCAACCUGUGCCGGUCAUGAAACCGGUAUGACCCGUAUGAUCGAUUUACGUAUUCUAAGUAAAAUGACAUCAUUUUAAUGAAUUUAAUUAAUACAAAAAUUAAUUUAUUAUUCAUUUUAUGAAUGUAAUAGUUAAAAGUUGCUGAUAUUUGUUAGAUUUUAACUCAAUUGUCCACAAAUAUGUUUAAAUACAUUGGAUAUUAAUUGUUUUCACAUUUUUUAAACCGGCAUGAACCGGCACAAACUGAUUAUACCACCGGUCGUACCAUUCCACUUGCCAAACCGGCACAACGGUAUAAACCGGUUUGACAACCUUGGCGCAAAUAAAACCAAGGCUUAACAGAUUCUAUUUACAAAAUUAAGGUGCUCUACUUGCUAGAGGAAAAGGAACAAUAAUUAGCUUAACGCAAAUUGUAGUUGUUUUGUACAUUGAUCGUGGGAUGAUAAUAAACAUGAUCAUAAUAAAACUAUAUUUCCAUAAAAAAAUCAUCUCUCCAAAGUUCUGGUAGAAAUUUGUGACGAAGAAAUCAAUUUAUAUUUUAUACACAUAUCUGGGCGGGGGCAAAGGUGAGAUCUGGCGUAGCCAGAGUGCUCUGUUUCUAAGCCCCCUACUGGACGAGGAGAAGCGCAGGUUCAUCCCCAUUCACGCAUUUGCUGAUGCUGCCCCUAUUGCACCACCAACAACAUGACUGAGUGCUUCGACAAUGUGCAUCUAUCCAACCCUCCACGCCCUUCGUAGCUUGGGUGACAAUGCUGAAACUGGAGAUCCACUGAAGUCGACGAGUCACGAAUAUGAUUAGUUCUAUCGUUCAUUACGUCCAAUCGCGCUGCUCUGUAUAUUGGCGCUGAACUCCUCAAUUCAUUGAGCAAAUCUCUCUCCGUUUCCCGCUUGAAAGCAUGUGCCCUGGAUAACCAGAGGACGCUAUAAAUACGCGGGCGAUCCUUCCGUAUUUAUAGUCUCCUUUGGUUUGCGUUCCUUCUGUUCCUUCGGCCAACAAGACAAAGAAACAAGGCUGAAGAGGAACUGAAACAAAGAAAAAAAGAAUGUGAUGUCCCACCAUUGCGUUUGUACUGAUUCUUCAUGGGUCUGCUUCCUCGUGCAUGCGGAAAUGGGGAAAAAAAGGCUAAAAAAAAAAUAUGUUAAAAACUCAGUGGUGUAAGUUUCUCAGAAGAGAGAAGCUUCAAACAUGCAGCUGCCGCUAUACCACAUCGUCUAGUUUUGUAAGUGGGAGAUUUGAAAACUUAAUAUAUAUAGGGGAGGUGGUGCCGGUCAUCCUUGGCAAUGCAUAGUUGGGCUUGGUAAUAUACUUGCCACCCAAAUUUGCAGCACAGAUACUCACUUUUUGAGCAUAAUUGCCAAACGUCUAUCUGUAAUGCAAAUUGGUGAAAAAGACUGGCAAUGAAACUGUUUCUAUAGAUCAACAUCUUAUAUUCAUGCAACCAAGAUAACCAACUCUCCAUGAUGCUUUAAGUCAUCAGUCAUGAUGACUUAUUUGUAAGAAAUUUGAGGACGUCCU